CAGUUGUUGAUGCAUAUGAACUACUAUACAUCCAAUUAGUCACUAAUACAUCCACAUCCUUCACCUGUUACCAUUUAUCUAGUCAGCGAGGAACCUGCUCUUCACCCUCCCCACCCAGCAACACGAGACUGGUCAAACUGGCAUGUCUAGAGAUUUCUCAUGAUAAUCGCACAUCAAAUUUUAACUUGAACCUGCUUAACCUAGGUAUUCUUAAGUUCUCCUUCCUCACUAGGAACUCUAGGAUUUCGGUAGAAACAUGUCACCAGAUGAGGUCGAACUUGGCAAUAAACGGCGAAAAACGUCAAACCCAGAGAGACCAGCAGUGAAUAUCCUGCAUUCAACCCAAGCACAGGACGACGAUGAGACGUCGUCAUCAGGCACUUCAUCCAGUGAGAUUGAAGACAUCUCAGAAGACGGUGAAGAGCAAGAGAUAAGCACCCAAGACGACGAUGACGAUAAUUCUGCCGAUGACAACGACCAGCAAAACGAUGACGCAGACUCAAUCGAGUCACAAUCCUCGAAUCAAUUACAGUCAGAGCUCUCUGGCACAAACGAUCUCCAGACUCGAUUAAAAGCAUUCCUUCCACAAUUACAGAAGGCCAACAACGACUUGCAAAACCCGGAGAUAGCCCGACAUCAGAGACUGGAUCAGGUAUCUGACGAUGAGGAAACGUAUAUCGAAAUGGAUCUGAAUCUCGGGGUCCUUGAGGAGAAAGCUCCAGGGAGGGAGGAAGAUGAAGAUGACAUCAAGUUUGCAUCCUCAUCAACCCCGGAUUCUCUUGACGGGGAUGCAAGCCCAGAGGGUGGUCGUAAAGCUGGUGUCAUGGCUCAUUUAAUGGGGGAACAAGAGUCAAGUCAGAAGAAGAGAAAGAUUGAAGAGCUGGGAUGAUGAAGGUAUCGAUUCGUAAGGGAGAGAAAUGAAUUGAUGCUAUCCCCAUCCAACAAGGCAGGCGCAACUACGCCAUCACCAAUGAGGGAGGAACGAUCAUCAUAUCGUGCAAUCAGGAAAGAGCGCACCUGCAUGUAUCAUCAUAUCAAAUUCAAUUGUGAAGGCGCAUCCUAAUCUCUUCCAUGAGCCAUCUCUCUUCCACCAUCUC